GGCCUGAAAAGGCCUUUCCGUUAGCACCUUUAUUUAUGCGGAAUUCAGAAAUGUUUUUGAAAGAACAGAAACGAAAACGCUCUCCAUUAGUCUCAGGGCUCUGCUGACUCUUUUUCCCAAAGAUCUGUUGAGUCUGUUGUUAUGGAUCCAGAGGCCGCACGAACUGCCCGAGAAUCUCUAGACCUGGCAUUUCACAUGUCAAAUAUUCUUGAUACAGGACUGGAUCGGCAUACCCUCUCAGUCCUCAUUGCCCUCUGUGACUUGGGUCUGAACCCUGAGGCCUUGGCUGCUGUUGUCAAGGAACUCCAAAGUGAACCCCCACCCUCACCACCAUUGCCAACUUCUUCUUCACAAAUCCCUUAGCCAGGUUUCUGUUUUUUGGUAUUUUCUAGUAAACCUAGGAGUAAUAUCAAAGAAGUUCCAGCUUAAUUUGUUUUGACUGCUGUCUUGGAAUAGAAACAUUGAAUUUUCUCAUCUCUAGCACUAUUGUACUUAAUGUUUACCUGUAUUUAUGUUCAUUUUCAGGAUCCGUCUAUUGUUCUUAGUCUUCGUUCUUACAUUCCCUCAUUCUAUUUUUGAUUCAUUAUCUUAACCAUCAUUAGUUGUCUUUUCUUCAUUGUGUUGGAGCAUCUGAAUAAUGAAGUUGUUGCAUCUGUAUUUGGUUUGUAUUUCUGAGAAAUGGCCGCUAUACUGUCUUUCCAUUAAAGGAACAUUUGCAGUCUUUUUCUAAUACUACCUUCAGUUUGCUGAGCUUGGCUGGGUUUAUAAUUUAUUGGUAUUUUCUAACUGCUUACAUGCUAUUUAGGAGGAAGGAGAGGACCUGUGCAGAUAGAAUAAUUACUGAAAAUUAGCUCAAUGAGCAAUGCUUGUAAUGCAUGUAUGGUAACAAUAAUUUAACAGAGUGAUUGGCAUUGCUUAUCAGUUAGGCAGAGAAAAAUUGAAGCACAAUAAUGAGCCAAAAAAUAAAAAAAAAAAUCAACUGAGAACACACAAAGAAUUACUGAAAAAAAUUAUAAGGUAGUGUUCUCAUUUUCUUUUGUUUGAUGGGGAUAAAUUUGUAUGUUUCUUGUGCCAUUUAAAAGUUAUUCGAUUGAUUAGAAAGGUAAUAGAUUUUGGUUGUCUCCUCAUACAUGUGCAAACAGAUGCAUGUAUGCAAAUAUGCUUGCAUGCAUUUAGUAGCACAAAAACAUGACGUGACACAUCUACAUAUAUCGUUCAUAG